CAAAUUGAGUUGUGUGUCCGCUAUUCGAGUCCGUUGUAAUGACAAGUGUUUAAAAUUUAAGGAUAACAACGUAUCAUAACACAUUUAAAAGUUAUUUUAUUAAAUUUAUAAAUCAAAGAUGUCUGAAUUUCGAACACCAAUUAAACCAAAGAAGCCUUUAGAUGCAGGUGAAACAAUAACGAUUCCACCUUCCCCAUUUUUGAAUAGACUCGGAUAUGGCACAGGUGUAUCAGUGAUGCAGUUGGUGAGAUCGCCUAGAGCGGGACAAAUUCGUUCACCUUGGGCAUUAAAAAUGUUAAACAAGCGCGUGAAACCCAAUCGUGUUUACACCGAUCGUUUAAAAGUCGAGGCGGAGCUUUUGCAACGCAUGUCUCAUCCAAACAUCGUGGGGUUCAGAGCCUUCAGCAAGUCCAAGAUACUGUAUUUGGGUAUGGAGGCUUGUGACCUGUCCCUUGGUGACAUGAUCGAAAAAAAGAUUGAGGAUGACUGUGAGCCGUUUUCUUCAAAGCAGAUAUUAAAGGUUGCAAUAGAUAUUGGCAAAGCACUGGACUAUUUACACACAAAGAUGCAGAUUCUUCACGGAGACAUGAAAUCUUAUAACAUUCUAGUAAAUGGCGACUUUGUCAUAUGCAAGCUAUGUGACUUUGGUGUUACUUUGCCUCUUGAUGAGAAUGGAGUAUUUGAUAAGGAAAACGCAGGACAAGCUUUAUAUUUUGGUACUGAAGCCUGGAGUGCACCAGAAGUUAUUCAUGGGGGAACAAUAACAAACAAAACAGAUAUCUGGCCUCUCGGUCUCACACUGUGGGAGAUGAUGGCCCUCAUGCCUCCACACUCACGAGCUGAUGACACACUGGAUGAGAGUGUGACCAGUGUUGUAGACGAUAGCAUGGAGGAAGAUUACUUUAAUGAGAAAUAUGGCACUCGUCCAGAUGUUCCUGCUAACAUAUUGCCAGACCUAUACUCUAGUGCUUUGACACUGUUCUACUGCUGCACUGAGACAAUACCCUCAGCUAGACCUUCAGCACAACAUCUGGCUGAAGCCGCUGAACACAUGUCUAUAUUGACAUGAAGAUAUUUUCAAAUAUUUGUCUUAUCAUAUUAAAAGUAUAAGUCAUAUUAAAAUACAUAAAAUUUGGUAUAAAGCUUUAGAUGCAUUCUUAUAAUUUAUAUUCAUUGAUAAUGAAACAACAAAUUAGUUUAAAAUAACUAUAUUCAAGUAACAUAAAUAAAAAUUCAACAACGUCCAUAAUAAAUACCUGCCUGUACCGCUGUGUCGGUUACAAUCUUAAAAUCUAUAUAAUAUAGUUAUACAAUCUUGUGAUCCUAGAUACUAGAUGAUGUUGAAUAUUAUUCAAAAAUAUACUUUUUAUUGCAUUGUGUUGUAUGCUUG